GUGCUGGAUGCAUGCGUGCUUGUAAAUGCUGGAGACGAAGGCGGCCCUGCGUGGAUGGCAUAAAUCUUAACGUUCAUAUCCCCGUGAUGGCUUGGGUACGAGAGGACAUAGAAUAAAAGCUUGUGUUAUUAGUAUAAGUGCGGCUAGAGCUGCUCUACUGAAAUGAAGCCUUCAAAACUUGAUUUAUUAAAAAAGGUUUAUCAUGAUUUUUUGUUGUAUGAUUCGAAUAAUUGGUCGCAUACCCACAUAAAAUUUCAGAAUUUCUUACUGUGUAACUAGCUUAUCAGGGAAGAUGGCUUCCGACGUUCCUGCCGUUUCGUCCCUCAUGAUCGUUAAUCACCCGGAGUUCACCGAAGAGGAGCUAACGCAGAUCUUGAGCUUAUUCUGCAAGUAUGCGUCGCCGCCCGACAAGUCAGGCAGCAUGGACCUUGCCAACCUCAAGCAGCUGCUGCAGGCUCUGGACCUGGCACAGACGCACCUCGAGAGCAAACAGACAUUCGACAAGUACGCUAAGAACGGCAAGCUCGACCUCGACUGCUUCAUGAAGAUGGUUAAAGAUCUCACCAGUAAAGCUGGCACCAUCAGCCUUGAGAGCGUCAUGCGUCUCGCGUCCAAGGAGGAGAUCGACGUCGACGAGACCGGCGUUGGCGGGGCCAAGAGGUUCUUUGAGGCCAAGGCGAAGGUGCUCGAGGUGGGCGAUCGAGCGUACCGGGCUUUUGAGGACCGAAAGAAAGAGGAAGAGGAGAAGCUGAAGAAGAAAGAAGAGUUCAAGAAGAGGAGGGAACUCUUCCAGCCCACGGCGGCUUCGUAGUGCAUCAUGAGGGUUGACUCCAAAUGCGUGGCAUGAAACUCUUCCUCCCACAUGCUGUCAAUUAUUGUCGAGUGUUUUUAAACUGAUAUGGAUUGUGCUGUCCAAGUGUUCUUUUAACAAGCGGUGUGUUCGUGAUGAGCGUAGAUCUCCGUAUUCAGUACCAAUGGUGAAGUCUGUCCUAGAUGUUAUAGCGGACUUCUGACUUACCUUCCGGCUACUUAUAGUUUGAAGACAAAUUAAAUUCCUUACGUCAGGUCCUCUGAUCGUCCAUUUGACUUGGUAUUUUGGUCUACGAUGUAACAUUCCAUUCACAAAUUUGUUGAUCUCCUAUUACAGUAUCAGUUCUUUUACUGCGACAAACUGAACGAGAGGUUUUUAAAUGGUUUAUACUAGGUAUUUAGAAACACAGCCGAAUCCGAUUGAAAAAAUACUAGGUUUUAAGUCAAUUAGUAACAAUGUCUUACUAACCAUCUACCUAAAACUCCCGUGAAUACUACUGACUAUCGGGUAACGCGAGGUAAAGGUUGAGCUUUUAACCAAGUCUGUAACUGGAAUGGUUUAUGUUCUUAAAGCGGCCGCUCGCCGUGGACAUAUCCAGCUCGGCCAGAAUAUCGCAAGCAUAUCGCACUUGGCCUUCACUCAUCCACCAAGUUUCAUGAAAUUUAGUGUUAUUUAAGAGAACUAAAUUUCAAAAAAAGACACGACUGUUCAUGUGUUCUGCUUCCGUGUUGUACAAAAAGGCUUUCUAGUCUGUUAAUUCUCGUUCCAAUGACUGGUACUAUCGCGUGUAUUUUCAUUAACAUUUUUUAAUACGAGCUUCCAGAGUCCAUGCUGUACUAACAUGAUUGCUAGGCUAAGUGGCCGUCUCAGCGGCGGUAAAUUGCAUUAUGUUUAUUUAACCUUGCAAUACUCAAUAUUUCUCCCGUGCGUUUUUAAACUUUAAUUGGCGAAGCGAGAGGUUUCAGGACAGAGUUCGCCCGCUAUUGCUUCUGUGUUCAAAAGUUGAUUUGAAGCUCCAAAUUCGUGCUGUGCCGCCCGCUGCGCUUGUACCAUUUUUGUAAUUUUUAUUCUAAAAACGUACUUUCUUGAUGGACAAGCCAAGUCUAUGAGCAAUAAACUUUCUGUACUCGUGUGACAGUUAUAUUUAGCGAGAUUUUCGGGCUCAUUGAGCAUAUCGCUUCAUGCUAUAAUAGGAAAGAGAUAUUUUAUUGAUGUUGCUGUGUAUAGUUUUAGUAUUGCUUUCAAAUUUGGUAAUCUAAUUAGUCAUCGGAUGAAGUUAACUUUUUGUUUCGGUGAUGCCACAACAUUUUAAUUCCUAUUGAUUUCAUUUUAUGCAACUCCUAUUUUGAUUUACACUCAGUUUGAUGUUUAAGAAAUGUCCUACUA